CCAGGGGUCCCCAGGGUUUGAUGGGUCCUCCAGGAAAAUCUGGAAGAAGAGGCCGUGCUGGUGCUGAUGGUGCUAGGGGAAUGCCAGGAGAGACUGGGACCAAGGGUGAUCGUGGUUUUGAUGGCCUUCCUGGUUUGCCUGGUGACAAAGGACACAGAGGUGAUCCAGGUCCAUUGGGACUGCAAGGAUCUCCUGGGGAGGAUGGAGAGAGGGGAGACGAUGGAGACGUUGGACCUAGGGGUCUCCCAGGUGAACCCGGACCUCGUGGUUUGCUUGGCCCUAAAGGUCCUCCAGGAAUAACUGGACCUCCUGGUGUAAGAGGAAAUGAUGGACCUCAUGGUCCCAAAGGAAACUUGGGUCCCCAAGGUGAGCCAGGACCUCCUGGUCAGCAGGGAACUCCAGGAACUCAG